AUGAUGGCCAGCUUCGUGCAGGACUUGGCAGUUCAAGUCGGACAAGUGGGAAAGCAUUUGGCGAAGCAUCCUACUGCAGAAGCUCCAUGCAUUCGGCCACAGAGGCUGCAAGAGUUCGUCACCGAAGCUGAUGUCCGAGUCCAACAUCUUCAGAAAUGUUUGGAAGAGAUCGAUGAGGCCACUGAGAGCUUGCGACAGUGGUUUGCUGAACCACCCAGCAGCUCUUUGCAUGAUAUGCUGAAAGCUUUGGCUGCCUUGAGGCAGCUGCUUCCAGCGCCAAAGCCCAGCGAAACUCUCAGCCCUGCACCAGACUACCGACUCAGCACUACACGGAAGCGAAGGCUUGAAGAGAAGAAAAAGGCGCGAGAGCAAAGGAAAGCCCAGGAGGAUGCGAAUACAGCUGUGACGAUGGAGAUCCCUUCAGAAGGACAAGCUCAGGGAGAACCAGAAGAACCAGAAGUUCCAAAGAACGAUGCUGGGGACCAGGCGAGGGAGAUGCCCAAGGGAGAAGCGGAAGACGCGAAGGAGGCAGCCGAAGGAUCCCUACUGCCGAUUCCAAAUUCAAUUCAGUCCGAAGCUUGCCAGGUGGAACCACCAUCAGGUGUUUUGGCGCAGAUCCUUUCCUUCAGCAAAGGAACCAUUUGGAUUUCCUGGCUCUUCGACUGGUCGGACGUGCGUCGCGGCUUCGCCAGUGGGGCGGACCACAUGUGUGCCUUUGAGGUGGUGCACUUCGGCGAGUCCGAGGAGUUGAAUUCGCGACCGUCCUCCAGGUGGCGUUGUCCGACUGCGCCUUUGAAGAUGGAUGUGCCAUUGGGAUGUCACUAUGUGUUUGGUGUCCGGGCAAUUCUUCUCAAGGGAGACCAGCUACAUGAUUCAGAAAUGCUUUGGGCGUCACCGAUCUCUUCACCAGUGAUGCUUGAUUUGAGAUACUCUACCAGCAGCAUUGGCAAUGUGAGUACAUCUUUGCCCGUGGGCUCUGUGGGAUCACGGCUAAUAAGCCCACCGAUGGAGGAGAAGUCUCCUCAGGGUACGCCCCGACGUGGGCGAGUGGCCAGCAGCAUGGGAGAUUUCAUCAGCUCAUUGCAGUCAGGAGGUUCCCCCACGACAAGACGCUUGUCCUUGCGACCACCUUCGGGACGAAGUGGCACGCCCAAGGAGGAAGAUGAGGCUUCGGGAAAAAGCACCCUGGAGUCGUGUCAGGCCAGCCUGGAGAAGGGCAGCUUCGUGGAGAUGGAAGUUGAGAAAAGCCAACACCAGGAGUUGACAUUGCCGGUGGGAAGAGGGGCAGAUGCAGUUGAUGAGAGCCAGAGCCCAUCAUCGGUACCCAUCCCAUCCAAGCAGAGUGAUGAGUCAUGCAGCGCAGAGACUCCAUUGUCAGUUGGGGACUUGGACGAGUUUGAUGACGAGUCGUUGCUGCGCCUGGUCCAAGCGUUCACGUACUUGGAAACUCGAAGGUCCAGGACCACAGAAGCCGGGGUGUGCGGCACACCCUCUUCGUCAGAUGCCAAGGAUGCCCCUGAACCGCCAAAGGCGCAGGAGGUGGACGUGGCAAAGACUCUGCCAGCCAAAGAGCCAGCAGCGGAGGUCAAACCGAGCCAGGCUCACAAAGCCGCCUUCCGAGUACCAAGGGCAACUUCAGUUUUCGAUGACCUGGGUACCCUGGAAAGCAUGGCAGAUGUACUGAGCAACGUGGAGGCAGUGAAUCGCGAUACCAAUCUGGAAUCACCUUCAUCAGGCUGCCAACUAGAAGCUCAGGGCACCUCAGAAAUUCUGGAUGGUGCAGAGGUCCUCGCUGAGAUUGAGAGGAAAUUUGUCCAGCAACGGAAGACUUGUGAAGCCUGCAACGGCACGGGCUAUGUAGGCCUAUUUGGCGCUACUGGCUUUGGAUUUUUCCAAACAAAAUGCAGCAGCUGCAGCAAGUGA